AUGAUUGAUGUCACAGUAUCCAAUGACGGCGACAGGAUCCUCUGCAAGGAACACGCUCUUGAGACAUGUACAGAUUGCGACAUUGAUUGGACCUCGCACAAUGCUCUCGCUGCAACACUGAAACAAGUCAAAGAGAUUCCUCCACCCAAUGCUGCCAAUCCCGUACGUUCAGCACAAGUGAAUCGACUCAAGGAAGAAGGCAACAAGUAUUUCAAGAGUGGCAACUAUACUGAAGCUGUUCGUUUCUAUACCAUGGCUGUGGACCUUUCGUGGGGACGUCCUUUAUGGGAACCACUCGCAUUCCAAUACGUGCGUGAAGAGUUAUCUCCUGUAUUGUCAAAUCGAUCAGCAGCACACUUGGCUAUGGAGAAUUAUGUCGAUGCUUUGGUGGAUGCGGAAAUGGUGACUCGGUUGAAGCGCGAGUGGAGCAAGGGAUGGUUUCGAAAGGGUAAAGCCUUGUUGGGCAUGAAUCGUUCUCAAGAUGCUGCCGAGGCCUUCCAGACAGGAUUGCGAUUCGAUCAUGAAAGCGAAGAGCUCAAGAAAGCAUUGGCCGAGAUUCAUCAACAAGAUGCUUAA